CUUUCUUGGAUUUGCCUUUGGAUGUGGUCUCAUUUUAAGUUUUGCAGAUACAACAUGGACACAUUUUGGCUGGUAUAUGUGUUCGCUGUCAUUUUUUCACUACUCUGAGUACCUGGUUACUGCCAUCAUCAACCCACGCAGUCUGUCUCUAGACUCCUUCCUGCUCAACCAUAGUGUUGAGUACACAGUAGCAGCUAUUUCCUCCUGGAUAGAGUUCACUGUGGAAAAGCUCCUUAUUCCAGAGAUGAAGCAGAUGAACUGGCUCUGUCUGGUGGGUCUGGUGAUGGUUCUCUGUGGGGAGAGUUUGCGCAAAGCUGCCAUGUUGACAGCAGGAUCCAACUUCAACCACAUAGUACAGAAUGAGAAGGCCCAGAGCCACGUGCUGGUCACCACUGGAGUUUACGCUCUCUUCAGACAUCCUUCCUAUGUGGGCUGGUUUUACUGGAGCAUUGGCACUCAGAUAAUGCUGUGCAAUCCAAUAUGUCUACUGGGAUAUACGAUCGCCAGCUGGCGCUUCUUUCGAGAGCGUAUUGAGGAAGAGGAGAUCUCGCUCAUCCAUUUCUUUGGAGAGGACUACAUUGAGUACAAGAAGGUGGUCUUCACUGGCUUGCCCUUCAUCUCAGGGAUCAGGGUUAACUCCUAAAGCCGUACUGCAUAGAACGGAGGAAAUAGCCUGAAAGUGCACACCUGGACACCUCUGACUGGCACUCUGAGCGAGCUAGUUGCCUGGUGGCAUCAUGUCGCGCCCCCUGAGGGCGGCACAGAUACAUGAGGUGGCAGCACAGUAAAACUGACCCGUUGAUCUGCUCUGAGACACAUCGGUCUGCUCUGAGCAGGGUGGAGCUUCCACCCUCAACACCACCAGAGAUACUAGUACACAAACACCACAUUCAUCAGCAUCUGUCUUGUCUCCUACACUUCAUCACAUUUCUGUUCUUACAUUUUGUCUUACUCCUACUCAUAUGUCACGUAUCCUCAUAUUUACAGUCUUUGCACCAUGUAAUUUCAUACGCUCUUUAUUUUUUUUUGUUUUUUUUAAAUCCCCUGGUUUUGUGGUUAGAAACCUUAGAAAUGAGAUUCAAGACAUUGGUUUGUUACUACUUAUGAACGUCCAGAGUUUUUCAGUAGAUUUUUAAAUCUCUUGAGGAAUUUUGUUCAGAUAGGCUUUAAAUUGGAUAUUUACUGCAGUGGCCAUUUAGACAUUGUCCGUUUUGUGUAAAAAUGAGUUUAUCGUGUCUCAGAAAGAUCUU